AUGAAGUAUCGUACCAUAGGCCUCGACGGCACCAAGAUAUUCAGAGUCCCCCGGCUUCUGCGUGAUAACGCCAAGGACAAGGACUGCACUCGUCUUCCUCGCCUGCAAAAGCCAGCCAAGUCCAACGGCUCACAGUCAUCCGGCGGCGCUUUGCCGAAGCAACCCAUCGCCAGUCUGGAUCCGCACCGCUUGGCGCAGCGGCAGAAGCAAGUCGACUACGGCAAGAACACAAUAGGCUACCAGCGCUACUUGCAACAAGUGCCCAAGGAGAAGCGGCGGCGAAAGGGCGAGCAAUGGCUGGACCCCGUCACACCAGACAUCAACCAGAACAUCAGCAAGCGCUGCUUCGACGGGCAGUUUGCGGAGCGCACCCGCCUACAGAAAGAGCGCGAUGAUGCGGCGAUAGAGGACAUAACAGCGGUGUCCGCGAUUCCAUCUUCCCCCACCAAUUCCAGCCGCAGCAGGGGUUCUCUGGAUGGCUAUGUGGAUCCCCAUAUCGCCGAUGGAGGGCGGAAGCGUUGCUUUCAACGGGCCUUCGACCAUGCGGCCAACGGCAACCCGCACCCCUCCAAGCUCAUCACGAGCCCCGCCGGCCCCAAGCCGAUUGCGCCGCAGUCCGCACCGCCUGCGACCGCCGCCGACGCACUGCCAGGGCCCUCGCCCGCCGGUUUACGUUGCAUCAACCCACCGACCAGGCCUGGCUCCCUCGCCGGCUUGCCGCGCGGGUCCGCUGCGGUGCUGCCCAAAGCACCCCAAACGGCCCCGCCAGUGGCUGCGGCUCGGAUUACCGCUGGCUCUACGGCAGAUGCACCCGAUGGCCACGAAGCAUCCCGGUCGGAGCUGGGAGCUGCUGCGGCCGGGGACGAUCUGUUCCGUGACUGGGAGGACGAGGAUUACGCUGGUUUGGAGGCAUGUCGUGCGCAGUGCGGAAGGCAUGUGGUGAUGACCUGGCUGUGUUCACUUGUCACUAAAGUUUAUCUGCGCGAGUGUGUUGCCGAGCGCUUCCUGCUGACUGCUGCGGCUGGCGCGGGUGACACCCUGGUCGUACGGACGCUGCUGCGCGCUGGAGUCAACGCCGGCAGCUGCGGCGGGCGCGCGUUGGUCGCCGCCAGCGCUGCGGGCCACGUGGCAGUCAUGGAGGUGCUCCUCCGUGCAGGUGUCAGUGCGCGUGCGGAGAACGGCAUGCCGCUGCGUGCCGCUUGCCAUGAGGGCAGGGUUGCGGCGGCGAGGCUGCUGCUCCAUCACGGCGCCGACCCGCGAGCGGCGGCCAGCGGCGCCCUGGCGGAGGCUGCCCGCGGCGGCCACCUGGAGCUGGUUCUGGAGCUGCUUGCUGCGGGCGCUGACCCGCGAGUCGAUGGCAGUCGUGCGCUGGUUGAGGCCUCCGCAGCGGGUCACGGCUGUGUUGUGCUGGCGCUACUGGUGGCGGGGGCGCAGCCACAUGCAAGGAACGGCCUGGCACUGAGGCAGGCGGAAGCGGGAGGCCACCGAGAGGUGCUCGAGGUCCUUCACGCCGCUGCGAGCCGGCACGGGGUGGGAAGUGCACGAGCCACACCCCUGUUGCACACCCUUGGUGCGGCCUGUACCCCUGCUUAG